GCUAAGAUACACAACAACAAUUUUUUUAAACAUUGGCUCGAGUUUUACGAGGGGUGGCUUGUGAUUGUGAAUAACAUUGAGGCAAACUUUGUUAAUACUGACUACCCUUACGCUACUAAAUACUUAGUAUUCCUAUAUUCACUAUUAAUACGCUAAGUAAUUAUAAAAAUAUACUUAACCUUGCAAGAUGUCUGACGACGAAGUUAUACGUUUCGAGAUAACUGAUUAUGACCUGGACAACGAAUUCAAUCCAAACAGACAGAGAAAAGCUAAAAAAGAGCAUCAAAUUUAUGGUGUUUGGGCAAAGGACAGUGAUGAAGAAGACAAUGAAGACAAUAUAAGGCAGAGGUCUCGCAAACAAAAAGACUUUACAGCACCAAUUGGUUUUGUGGCGGGUGGGGUACAGCAAGCGGGCAAAAAGAAAGAUCCAAAUAAAGAAUUAGAAUCAAAAGAAGCAUCAACAUCUAGACCAUUAAUAGUAGAUAGUUCUGAUGAAGAUGACAAUGAUGAGCCACUACCCACCGACACUGCUGGAAUAAGACGACUAGGUCAAGGGCUGAAGCCAGCCAAUCUUGGUGGAAGUGUUGGAGCAUGGGAGAAACAUACUAAGGGCAUUGGUGCUAAAUUAUUACUACAGAUGGGUUACCAACCUGGUAAAGGUCUUGGUAAAGAACUUCAAGGUAUAUCUGCACCUGUGGAGGCGACUGUAAGGAAAGGGCGCGGAGCUAUUGGUGCUUAUGGACCUGAAAAAUCUACUCAAAAAGCCAAAAAAGAAGAAGAAAAACGGCUUAAAGAGAAGGAAGACCAAGAAAAAGGUACCUCAGAGAAGAAUUAUAACUGGAAGAAAUCUCACAAGGGACGUUACUUCUACAGAGAUGCGGCGGAUGUCAUACAAGAGGGUAAACCCACGAUGCAUACUAUUGGCAGUAGUGAGCUGGCCCGUGUGCCGGUGAUAGACAUGACGGGGAAGCAGAAACGAGUACUGAGUGGUUACCACGCGCUGGCUGCUGCUGCACCCCGCUAUGAACAUGAACCACGUCGUCAGUUACGACACUUCGCAGCACCUCAACUCACACACAAUCUGCAGCUUGUGGUCGACAGCUGUGAACAGGACAUUAUCCAAAAUGCUCGUGAACUUCAAGCAGCAGAAGAUGAAAUAGUAGUAUUAGAAAGAGAUUUAGAAGAGUGUAACAUAAAACUUCAAGAACAAGACGUGGUGAUAGACAAAGUGCAAACCAUAACACACAGGAUAGAAGAAUUGAACAAACCUGACCUAUCUCUGGAGAAAGCUUACGAAGUUCUAGAAGAUUUGAUGGAGUCAUUUCCUGUUGAAUAUGAGAUGUUCGGUUUGGGUACAAUCGGUGGAACUAUAGUGAGUCCAUUGAUCAGUGCGCUGCUGGCUCAGUGGGAGCCGCUACAGUGUCCUGACGAGCCUGUACCUGUCUUCCUCAAAUGGAAGAAGUUGUUGACAGAACCAGCGUAUAACAGUCUGCUCUGGCAACACUUUAUGCCAAGGAUCACGUCUGCAGCUGAGGUGUGGAACCCGCGCAGGCCGGAGGCGAUGCUGGCAGUGUUCGAGCGGUGGUCGGCGGCGUGCCCCGAGUGGAUCCUGCAGACGUGUGCCGGCCGCAGCGUGGUGCCGCGCCUGCUGGCCGCCGUGCGCGCCUGGGACCCCACCGGGGACACGCAGCCGCUGCACCACUGGGUGCUGCCAUGGCAUCAACUGGCUGGCAGCGAGCUGAGCACGAGCACGUACCCCCUGAUCCGGUCGCGGCUGGCGGCGGCGCUGGCGGCGUGGCACCCGGCGGACGGGUCUGCGCGCGAGCUGCUGGCGGCGUGGCGCGGCGCGUGGGGCCCCGCCCUGCGCCCGCUGCUGCACCACCACGUGCUGCCCAAGCUGGAGCACUGUCUGCAGCACGCGCCUGUACAACUACUCGCCACAGAGAAUACUGCGUGGUCGUGGUGCGUGCAGUGGGUGGAUGUGGCGGGUGCGGCGGGCGUGGCCGCGCUGGCUGCACGCGCGCUGCUGCCGCGCUGGCUGGCCGCGCUCGCCGCCUGGCUCAACACCGCGCCGCCCCACGCCACCGUACUCAACUCUUAUACAAACUUCAAGAAAAUGUUCCCCGAAGAGGUAUUAAAAGAGCCGGCGGUACGUGACGCGUUCCGUAAAGCGUUGGACAUGAUGAACAGAAGCACUGACAUGGAGAGUGUGGAGCCUCCCCCACCCCCGCGCUUCACCCUCCCUGAUAACAAAGAGGGGUCGAAAAUCAACGAAAUAUUGGCCGUCACCAACCCACAUAAGAGUUUCUCUGAACUUUUAGAAACUAAAUGUAUAGAAAAGGGGAUAACUUUUGUACCGAUACCGGGGAAGACGAGAGAAGGGAGACCAUUGUACAAGAUAGGAAGGAUGCAGUGUUAUGUAAUAAGAAAUGUCAUUAUGUUUUCGGAAGAUGGCGGCAGAUCUUUCGGACCUAUUGGUAUGGACAGAUUAUUGAACAUGGUUGAAGAAUAAAUAAUUGGCAGUUAUUCUCUUGACUAACUUUAACUGAAACAAAUCAUAUUUAUUUUUAAAUGUUAGCUUUUUUUUUGUAAAUUUACUAAAUAUUU